AUGGACCUGCCCGCCGCCCUGCCCGCGGCCGGGCGGGCGGGCGUCGGCCUCCCCGACCUCCCCGCCCUGCCGGCCCUGCCGGCGAGCAGGGAGAGGCCCGUGCUGCAGGCGGGCGGCGCGGACCUGAGAGGGGAGAUCCGAGGCGCCCUCCGGGAGAUCGGGCUCCCGCAGAUCCAGCAGGACAUGUCGGAGCUCAGGGAGGACGUCUGGGGCAUGCGCCGCGACCUGCAGCGGCUGUCCAUGGGCUCCGCCCGGGCCUCGGAGGACGGCCGGAGCAUGCUGCGGAGCGCCCCGCCUGGGAUGCUGGACGCCACGCUGCUGCCGCGAGUGAGCAGCCUCAGGGUCUUCGCUUCCUCAAGCGCCGCGGUGGUGCAGUCCGAGGACAUCACCGAGAGCGAGGACGAGAACAGGGCGGGUACCGCGAAGGUGCAGGACGAGACGUUCCAGGCGCGCCCCCCCGCGCCCGUCGCCGCGGUGCGCCCGAGGACGCCGUGGGACCCGGAGCCGUCGCUCCCCUCGACGCCCCCGUCGCACCCCCUGGCGCCGAGCAAGGCACAGGCGAGGCAGAGCAGCAGCGAUGCGGAGCAGGACCGGGCGAGCCUGAAGAAGCCGGCGUCGUGGGUGCAGGAUCCGCCAGGAGCGGCCAGCAUUGCCGCCGCCCGCGACUCCAGCGGGGGCCAGGCGUCGGAGGACGGGGCGUCCUCGCGAGGGCGCAGGACACAGGAGCGCUCUGCCGACUUCCAGGAGCGCUCCUCUGGGGCUGUGAAGUUUCAGACCGCCACCACUGCCAACCUGGACGACUUGACAGGGACGCGUAAGGGCGGCCAGUCUCUGGCAAACCUCCGCAUAUCUCGGGCAGUCCGCAAAGCCAGGAACACAAGGAAGACAACGAUGCUGGAGCUGACGAGGAGCAUGUUCAACGCGGAGACGUACCAAAACCUGUCAGGGGCAGCGAUUCUGUCCAGUGCCAGGUUCGACAACGCCAUAAGUCUCCUCAUACUGGGGAACGCCCUCACCAUCGGGAUGGAGGCCGACUACGCGGCAAGGAACGUCACUGAGGCCGUGCCGUGGAUUUACCGCGCGUUCGAGCUCUUUUUCUGCGUGAUCUUCACCACGGAGCUCGUCUUGCGAGUGUAUGUCUUCAAGCUUGCAUUUUUCUGGAAGAGGGACUUAGGCUUGCUCUGGAAUUAUUUCGACCUCCUCGUCGUCGGCGCACAACUGAUCCAGGAGAUCAUCGAGCUCAUGAAGUUCAGCUCCGACGACAACAACGCUGGGCACUUGCGCUUGUUGCGCAUCCUCCGUGUCUUGAGGAUCGUCCGCAUUUUCCGGCUUGUGCGCGUCCUACACCUCAUUAGCGAGUUGCGUACGAUCGUGAGCUCCAUCAUAGGAUCUUUCCGAUCGCUCUUCUGGGUAGUCAUCUUGCUCUUGUUAAUGAUGUACAUCGUGGGCGUGUGGUUUCUGCAGUCGGUGACAGACCACUUCAUAGCGCGCCUGGAGAGCGAUACCGACGGCGAAGGAAUAACGUACUCCCCGGGGGAAAUGUCGCUCAAGGAUCGAAGCAGCAACAAACUAAGCCGAAUAGUGCAUCUUCGGUGGUCCGUGCGCGUUUCUUGGGUCGGCGAUGGACCCCUCCCCUUUGUCGGCGCCUCCAGCGCCGCCCCUGCUGCGCAUCUCGCGCCCGGGCACAGGGGGGACACGGCUCCGACCCGAGACACCCGCGCGGACCUGCGAGAGCUAACGCUCGGGUGCGGCCAGGAAGUUGGGCUUCUCGCGUGUCGCUCCGCCAGUUCUGGCCCGCCAGGCUUCGGCGCGACGCGCUGCCCACGUCUCGGAAAACUGGAAAGGGGUGGUAUAGCACAUGGGUGGUAUGGGACC